AACAUACUGCACUCCGCCAAUCAAACACCGACGAGGAAGAGGUUGAAUUUUACUCGUGGUGUUUGUUGUCAAAUGUUGCACAUGCAGAGAGGGUUGGAACUGUAUACAAAAAUCAACCACUUUAUCGCAAAAAGUGCAAAACUACCUUUUAAUACACAGAGCACGUUCAGCUGGUUUUACAUUCUCCAAGUCUCACAUCGAGGAGCCCUUCAGCAACUUGGAUGGCGUACAGGCGAGACCGAAGCCGAAUCAGAGAGGCCACCGAUGAGCAUAUUUCAGAAAGAGCUGGAACGUACCAGAGAGUUGUGAAUGUUGUUGAGAGGAGGACUGCUGUGACAAGACCGGAGCAAGAAUACGACAGAGAAUUUGAAUAUGAAACCAAGCGGUAUGGUGGUGUUCAAAGUUACCAUGACGAUGACCAGAUAGGAUACCCUAGCGACAACAUUCACACAGGAAGUGAUCGUGGAUACCAUGGUGAUGUGGUAGGCAGCAUCCGAGGGAGGAACUCCCCAUCUCCCCGAAAGGAGGACUACAGGGAUCCAUACUACAGGGGAUCCAGAGUUGAUUCUCAGAUGGGCCGUCAAGGAGGGAUGAGGAAUAGCAGCAGAGUGGGCUCCCAUCCCAGCAGCAGAGUUCAAGUGAUAGCUCCUCUCUCGAGGACCAUGUCUCCAGCCUACCCCAACCUGAGGGAGAACCCUGAGGGUAUCAAGCGGAGAGUCCUGGGCCCCUACCCUGCAAGCCCUGCCGGGGACUCCUACACUAGAUUACGGGACCGCUCUCCUAUCAGAAGGGAUACUCCACCAAUAACAGGCUCCGUUCUCAUGCGCUCCGGGUCCAACACCAGCAGAAGGAGCUACUCCCCAGACAGGGACCAGACGGGCUUCCCCUACCAUCAGAGGUAUAAAGAAGAGCCUCACAGCCAGAGCAGAGAGCCUGAUAAGCCCAGGUUGCUAGGCCACACAAAGACUGCCUCCAUAGACGGUUCUCCACACAGCGCUGUCUCAAUCAAGGAGGAACUUGACCCCACCCCAGCCCUGCUAGCAGAGCCUGAGGACACAGUGCCGGCCAAGGAUGAGACCGACCAGACACAGAAGGCCAACUUCAAGACACGGCGCUCUCAAGCCAUCGCAGCUAAAGCCCUCGAAAUUGAGAAGAUAUACAAGCAGGACUGCGAGACGUUUGGAACGGUUGUCAAGAUGCUGGUGGUCAAGGAGCCCAGUCUGGAGAAGCUGCUCCAGAACCCUCUGAAGGACAACCUGAUUGAGAUCAGGGAGCUUUGCCUUGACGACCUCCGACACUUUAUCAUAGAGCUGGACCAGGUCAUGAAGCCAGAACCGUCAACAUGAGGGGGAACCACAAAGCCCUUAUUACGUGCAGGUAUUGAUGGACCAGAGGUGGCGUAGAAGACUGUGAGAGGAGGCAAACUAGUGUGGCAUCCUCUCCACACUGUGAUUAAGAAGAAAUCAUAUUAAUUUCUCCCCAAUUUCGGGAUAUUCAAUUGAUAGUUAGUCUUGUCGCCAUCGCUACAACUCCCGUACGGACUUGGGAGAGGCAAAGGUCGAGAGCCAUGCAUCCUCUGAAACACGACCCUGCCAAGAUAUUCAAGUACAUUUUCAAGAAAAAACACUAACAAUUGUUCACUAAAAUAUUUUAUUAUUGGAAACAUGCUUAUUUGAGGUCACUUUAUGGUGUUAAUAUUUGAAAGAAUAUUUUUGUUUUUUUCCUCCAUGCUGUUUAUAUAGAUUUCAGGUGUCGUUCGUUUAAACCUCAUGUCCAGCAGUAAUUUCUUCACUCCUUAGUUAGACACAUUGCAGAACUCCACUUCUGGCUUUCUGACCAACUGUUAAACAACCAAAUCACACAGAUUUUUAAAAAGGUACUGUGUGUGUGUGUGUGUGUGUGUGUGUGUGUGUGUGUGUGUGUGUGUGUGUGUGUGUGUGUGUGUGUGUGUGUGUGUGUGUGUGUGUGUGUGUGUGUGUGUGUGUGUGUGUGUGUGUGUGUGUGUGUGUGUGUGUGUGCACAGAAGGAAUGGAAAGAAUACGCUUUUUGGAGUUCAGUCAUCAACAUUUGUGUACCGUAAUGAAGAGUUUUGAGUUGUUUCAAUACCGUUUAGUUCUCUCCAGAAAACUUGUCCGAAAACCAAUGUUUUGCAUAUUUUAUGGUGUUUACUGUCAUACAGUACCAGUCAAAAGUUUGGACACACCUACUCAUUCAAGGGUUUUUCUUUAUUUUUACUAUUUUCAACAUUGUAGAAUAAUAGUGAAGACAAACUAUGGAAUCAUGUAGUAACCAAGAAAGUGUUAAACAGAUCAAAAUAUUUUCUAUUUGAGAUUCUUCAAAGUAGCCACCCUUUGCAUUGACAGUUUUGCACCCUCUUGGCAUUCUCUCAAACAGCUUCACCUGGAAUGCUUUUCCAAUCGUCUUGAAGGAGUUCCCUGGGUCAUUGUCCUGUUGAAAAACAAAUGAUAGUCCCACUAAGCGCAAACCAAACUUUUGACUGGUAUGGAUAUGUUCUUUGUGUUUAACUUUUAUUACCUAACAGAAAAAGUAUUUAACAAGCUUUCUGGAGUUUCUGUUCCUCUACACUAUAUUCAUUCUUCAUACACAUACUCGUUCUGUACAAACCUUUGGGGGACAUUGCUCUCCUUUUAAAAUAAACAAAAAACCUGACAUGUUA